AUGGUAGACCCAAAUGCCGUCCUGACAGCCGAAGGGGAUCCACGCCACGCAGCAACGCCAUGGGAGCCAGCCUCAUCCAUGUGCUACCUGUCCCAGUACACGGCGCAAGACGGGACCGCAGCCCACCCGCAAGACCAGCAUCGGCAUCAGGACCAGGAGCAGGACGGCCAGCAGACGCCGGGCCAGCGCCAGCGCCAGCGCCAGAAUGCCAGUCAGGACCCCGUUGAUGAGAACGACUGCACGCCCCGCUCCGAACUGCCUUCGGUACCAGACGCCCUCAACGCUUCGCUGCUCUCGCACAUUCACACCCUCGACCCGGAACCGUCGUACUUUUCGCCGCAGCCCCUCCGCAUCUACUCGUCGCCCAUCCCCCACGACACGCCGCCCGCUUCCUCCAACCCCUCGCCCAGCAGCAGCGCGCAUGCCUCACACAGCUCCCUCACCAAACUUCACCACGACGCCCAGCACUCCCAAGCACCCCUCGUCCCGCUCCACGACCGCCCUACCUUCAUGCGAGAUCUGUCGACCGCAUCCACGGCUAGCAACCUGACGUUACGGGCCAGCUCAGUCGACCCUCAGAGCCCGUACCCCCUCCCCCUCCCCACACGCCAGCGCGAUGGUCCCGUCUACCCCAACCAGUCGUAUGCUGCCCUGCAUCUCCAGCAGUACCCGCAGCCACACGUGCCUCCCAUUGUGCGCUCCCGCAGCUCCCACCCCUCGCACUCGGCCGCCAACUCGCUAUCCAGCUUGGGUGCCUUUGGUCUCUCCCACGACCACUACAAGGACAUUAUGGAGUCUGCCCCGCGCACUGUCGGCAACUCUCCUGUCAGCAGUCCCGGCUUGUUCAACCCGUCCAAGCGCCGCUCUUCUCAGGACCCUGACCAGCAGACAGACGACGGAACCUACUCGACCCCCUGGCUGCACCACACGCAUAGACAGGCGCCCAAGGAGACACACAUUGCAGACGUGCAGGCUGACCCCGUUUCCGGUCGUAAGAUAGUGAACCAGUAUGAGAUCAUCGAUGAGCUGGGAAGAGGCGUGCAUGGCAAAGUCAAGCUCGGCAAGGACCUGGUCCACGGCCGCUAUGUCGCCAUCAAGAUCGUCGACCGCUACUCUAAACGUCGACGUCUGGGCAAGAACAACAGUCACGAGGACAAGAUCAAGCGUGAAAUUGCCAUUCUCAAAAAGGCCCGUCACCCCAACAUCGUCAGCUUGCUCGAGGUCAUAGACGACCCGGCUAAGAAGAAGGUCUACAUUGUACUUGAGCACGUCGAGCUGGGUGAAGUCAAGUGGAGGACCGAAGGCGCUCGCGAAAUCUGUCUCGUCGAGUGGCGUCGUUUCAAGCGGGAGUCUCAGGGCAUCUUCGACAAUGACAGUGCAAUACUGGAAGACGAGAGGAUCAUACGUGUCGCCCACCAGAAGCUUGCUCGUCAGCAACGUCGGCUGGCCAAGGAGGCGUACCUUCGUCGUAAAGACGGCUUGUCCAACCCUGCCUGGAGUCUUGAGUUUGGAAUCGACUCCGAAGACGAAUACUCCGAGACUGGCCGUGCUUCUCAGGCGUCUAGCCGUGAUGACGACCGCACGCCCAACCGUGUUCACUUUCGUGAACGACAAGACGGCGCGGGCCACCAUGAUGACCACAUGGAGACGGCUUUCCGCUCUCCUGAGCCAAUGAACAACUCCUAUGUUGACGGACUUGAGGGAACAAUGUAUGGUGCCUACGACAACGACCUAUUGCGGGGGCGCGUGCCGAGCAUUGCUGGCAGCUCGUCAUCCCGUCUCACUGACCCUGACGAGGAGAUACCCGAACACUUCAACUAUGUUCCCCUCAUGACCACCCAUGCAGCUUGGGAAGCCUUCAAGGAUACCGUGCUCGGCAUCGAGUACUUGCACUAUCAAAAUGUCAUCCACCGCGACAUCAAGCCAGCCAACCUUCUCGUUACUCGGGAGCACCGCAUCAAGAUCUCCGACUUUGGUGUGUCGUAUCUGGGACGGCAAAAGACGGAUGAAAGCAACGGCGAGCAAUCAGAAUCCGACUACCAAGAGGUCGACGAAGCCAUCGAACUAGCAAAAACUGUUGGCACCCCCGCCUUCUACGCUCCUGAGCUCUGUCGCACAGAGAUCGACUCUGAGACUCCCCUCAUUGACGGCGGUAUCGACGUAUGGGCCCUGGGUGUCACACUCUACUGCCUCAUCUACGGUCGCGUGCCCUUUCAUGACACCAACACCUUCACUUUGAUGAAAGUCAUUAGUGAAGACGAGCCCUACAUACCAAGGUUCCGAUUGAAGCCUGUUGCCGAACACUCCAACUCGCGACCCAACUCACACUCCCGCAACAAUCAACCAAUGAUGAGCAGUAAGAGAGCUCCACACGAUCUAGAAUACGAGGAGGUUGAUGAGAACCUACGCGAUCUUCUUCGACGUUUGUUGAUCAAGGAUGCACGACACCGCAUUACUAUACCAGAGAUCAAACGCCACCCAUGGCUACUGUCUGGUAUACCCAACCACAUCUCCUGGGCUGAAGAGACCGACCCGAGCAGAUCGUUCGACGGCCGGAAGAUUCAGAUUUCCAAAGAGGACGUCGAGGAGGCCGUUGUUCCCAUCGGCUUCGUCGAUCGUCUUCGCUCAGCUGCCAAGAAAACAUCAGAGUUUGUCAAAGGCUUCACAACUCGCAGUUCGGGUUCAAGACGCCGCGCUCAGAGCUCCGCAGCGAAUCAGGACGCACCUCCCAGCAUCACCGCAAACUCUUCAAGCAGCACCAUCAGCCAGGAUGCUCGCCCAUAUGAGGGCAGACGUGGUAGCCUGGCACCUGGCGCCAUCUUGGAGAUUCUGACGCGCUCACGUGAGUCAGAUCACCCUUUGUCGCACAGUGUCACCGCCAGCCCAGAGGCAAAGGAGCUUUCCAGGUACUUUGACAGUCCGAAUUCUCGGACUGCAUCGCCUGCACAACACGAGUUUCAGCGACCGCACAUGCAGGACCGGGCUCUUUCGUCAAUAAGCACAAUACGCCAAGCAGAUCUGCUCCCCGGUCGAUCAGCCUCACCCAACUUCCCUCCGGCUUUGCCUGGUACUCCGAUGGCCCUGGACACCCCGGGUGGAUCGCAGCUAGGUGGCCUGUUUGGUGGUCUUCCUCGACGUGUUGUUAACAGCAUGAGAAGCAAAGACAAACUAAAGCCCCCAAAAGAACAUAGUCGGGCCAGGUCGAUCGAUAGACUAGUCGGAGGAGACGAUGAUGCACAUGGUGUUCCAAGCCUCGCCAUCAGCACCACAUGUGCUUCUGGUCAAGUCAACCAGCCCGACGCCCUGAGAGAUCUUUCUCCUACCGCGCGGACUUCCUCACCCUGCAAUUCAGAGGCUCAGUCCGGUGGUCGUCUCGAUCCCUCAUCCCGCCAAUCAUCAUUGUCCUCGUUGUCUUCUCGACUGCACAGGAACUGGGCAGCCGCUAACGAGCUUGAAAUUGGCCCGACUUUGGGCUUCGCAGACCCUCGCUUAGUGCCGCAACGGCUUCGCCCCACUGACCGGAGACCUUCUAGCCCGUCAGUAAUCGCACGAGAGAGGUCAGAGGAUCGUUUUGACCGCGCAAAGGACGAGUAUCGUCGGCGGCUCGGCGUAGAGCAGUCAGCAGCUCGUGAUAGAUCCUACUCUGGUACACACCGAAGAUCCCCAUCGGGCCUUGCCCAAUCUGCUUGUCCCCCAAGCCCAGAUGACGAAAUCACAUUCCCCCAACAAAACAACCAAGACUACUGGCAUCGCAACGAUCAGUCCUCCGAGAAUAGUCCUGUCGGUGGAUCAAGUCGAGGCCUGGCUCUUUCAUCGUCCGAAGACCAGUUUUCUGCCAUGUCACAAUCUGAAUCGAAUCCCUCGAUCCCUUCUGUCGCUUCCGCCGGUUCCCCACCCCAAGGUGGUUGCGACGCGUUUGACGACCGACCAUGGAAUUCUGCAAAUGCCGAAUCCUUUCCAGUCCAUCAACUAGAACCCCCUGUCGAUGAUUCUGCCGGCUAUGAUGGUGAUCAUGCUGUCGAGAGUGAUGAAGAUGAUGAUAGUGAUGAAGAUGGACUAAUCAUGGGCUUUGCUAAAAAGAAAGUACCUACGCACACUUCGCACCGAAGCAAUUCAGUCUCCAAUGCCGAACUGGCUCGCCAGAGCAUUCAUGCAGGACUAAACACUAGGCGGCGCUCAAACCGAAGUGGAAGUAACGGAACAGUCAAGAAAGUUCCUCCACCCGAGCCGCAGUCAGUCUGCGACCGGACAGCUGAAUCAGAAUAACGACACCAAACACGCACACCGACAUCUCUACUGUCAUGAAUUACACAAUACCCAAGAUCUAGCCGUUGUACGAGUACGCAUACUUUUGGAUUCCCAUUAUAACAACUGUGUACAUAUACAAAGUCACAAAACAAACAAACAUGGGCAUUAACCACCAAUCACGGACCAAGGGGGCAGGCGCAGGGCGUUUUGAACAAGAAACUUGGAUCUGGGUUGCAUGCAUGGGCGAGCGUUCUUUCUUACCCAAAAGACGGCGUUUUACUUCCAUCUUGUUUGUUCCUUUUAUCCUCUUAUCCCAUACAUUUACUUAUCUGUGUUUCCUCUUCCCUUGGGUUUCUGUGUGCAUGCAUGCGUGGCUGUGUUAGUAGUAGCAGAGUGAGGAGCACACAAGUAAGCCCUCUUACUGCCGCUAUGAAUGAAGGAUGAAAGACGACUAUGUCGAGACGAUCGGGAUGACAUGAUGCGCACUAGUGUGUGGCUUUGGGAGGCUUUGGCGCUUUUUUCUUUUCUUCGUCAUCUUUUCCUUCUCUUUCCCUCUUGCGAGUAAAGUGGCUGGCGGGGGCGCAAUUGGAAAUCGGAACUAUCGGAAGCAUUUGCAUCAUAGACACAACGGUUGAUUGGAUGGUUCUUUUUUGCGUGUCUCACUAAUUGCGGCUGCGUAUGCGUGUGCGUGUUUAUGUGAUCACGGCUAUUACACGUUGCUCUUUGUUAGCAUCGGAAGCAUCGGAGUUUGUAUGUAUGUACGUAUGUAGUAUAAUUGCAUUCAAAGCUGGUCUAAUGUAGUAGUAGUAUCCACA